CGCGGCAUCACGGUGCCCAGGAACUGGCUGUUGUCCUCGUCGCCGCCCCCGCCUCCGGUGCCGGAUGAGGCCGAGGAGGAAGCCGCGGCGGCGGCGGCGGGGUCGGCCCGCGGCUCCGGGCCCAGCGCCCGCAGGAGUUUGAGCAGCACCUCCUGCGGGACCUUGCAGCCUCAUCCCUUGAGGUCGGACAGGGCGGUGAGGCGGAAGCCUCGGUCCAGCUCGUGGUCCUCGGGGUCGAAGGAGCGGUGGCAGGAGGCGGCCAUCUUCAGCGGAGGGGCGACUGCGACUGCGCCUGAGGAGCCGCCGCGCGAAGGCGUGGCCUUCCCCCUUUUCCCCACCCCCUCCCGCCGGGGCCACACCCCCAACGCUUAAAAACCGAUUUUGUGCAGGUCUUUGACAUCCUGAUCACGGCCGAAGACAGCAAUUCCUCGUUCCACCCGGAGAUCCUGUUCCUGAACGGCUCGGGGUUCACCUUGGCGAAAGUUGGUGACGCUGCCACCCUGUACUGCCAUGUCUUGUUGCUGGGUGACUCUGCUGAGCCCCGCUACACCAUGAGGUGGGAGGCCAGUCGCUACGGUGACCUCACCGUCGCUCAAAUCGACCAGAGCCUGGACGAUGGACCCUACAUCCACCCGGCCUACCAGGACAGGCUUAGCCUGGUCUCCCAUGGGCCCGAGAGCCUGCUCCACUUUGACCCUGUCCAGGAACAGGACUUUGGAGAAUACCUCUGCAAGGGGCAGGUGGUGGGCCAGGAGGGAGAGACCUUCACUUCACUGUCCAUCCUGGCUGAGGACACGCGGCCGGACCUGGAGACCCCGGACUCGGAGCGCGCCAAUGCCACCAUGGCGCCAGAGGUGAUCUCCCUGAACAGCUCGGGCAGGGUGACCGCACGGCUGGGACAGCGGGCAGAGCUGGAGUGCCGGAUCGAGAGCGGGCAGCCGGGAGUGCCCGUGCUCGCCGUGGAGUGGGGCAGCGCAGCGGGAGAUGUGGUCCUCUCCCGGGUCGACCAGGCUGAUCCCAGCGCCAAUUACCUCGACCCGCGCUACCGACAGCGCCUCACGGUCAGCUUCCUGGGGAACAGUGCCCGCCUCAUCUUCCGCGCCGUCCGCCAGGAGGAUUACGGGGAGUACCUCUGCAAGGCGUGGGUCUCUGGGCACCCGGAACACUCACUCACAGCCUCAACCAGCCUCGAAGAAGAGUUACCCCCUGUGCUCCCGAGUAACCCUGCCCCCCAGCAGCGGGAGCGGGAGCAGGCGCCCAGUGCCCGGGUGGUGUCGGUGAACACCCCCGAGCGGGUGAGUGCCCGGCUGGGCUCCCCCGCCACCCUGAGCUGCCAGGCGAUGGCGGUGCACGCCGGCCCCGAGACGCGGUACCGCCUCUCCUGGUCUGCCCAGCGGCUGCCCAACCUGACCCUGGCGCAGCUGGACCAGGGCGAGGAGGGCUCCGGCCUGGCGCGGGUCCACCCCGGUUACCGGCACCGGCUCAGCAUGACGGCACACGGCGCCUCCAGCCAGCUCCACUUCCGCACCGUCACCGAGAGCGACCCUGGCGUGUACCUCUGCAAGGCUGGCAUCUCCGGGAGGAGCAGCACCGAGGACCUCAGCUCGCCCGUCCUCCUCGUGAAAGCCAAUCAGAAGAUCCUCCCCGCGUCAUCAGAGACGGCCAUCUUGUGGCUCAUCCUGCAUUUCUUUGUGGUCCUGUUUGCCAUGGCGAUAGGCGUUGGCUCCUGCUUCCUGACAGGAACAAAGAAUCGAAUCCUCCCGGAACACGUGUGACGCAUCCAGAGUGAGAGAAGGAGUACGAAAGCAUUGUCUGAGCCAGGAAUUUGUUGAGUGUGUGUGUAUGUGUGUU